AUGUCCGGCAACCCACUCCAGGCCGAACUCGCCUCUCCCGCCCGCAUGGGUACAUGGCUUCGGGAGAAGUAUGGGCCUGCGCCUGAUCCUCGAUCACACUUUGAGGUCUUGGAGGCGGAGAACGAGGCUUUGAGGGGACAACUGAGGGACGCAAAGGAAGACCUGAAGCAGUGGAAGAGCUACGGCGAUAGUUGCAAUCGACGCGCUGGCUGCCUGAAGAGGAAGCUCGACAAGCUGCGCGAAGUCCAAGGGGAACUUCGUCAAGAAGCCUUACGAGGAGACGACCAAGAGUUUUACCAGGAUGACAAUCAGGAGGACGAUCAGGCGUCCCAUCAAGAAGUCCAUCAAGAAGUCCGUCAAGUUGUGGAACCUACCUCAAAUGAAACGGACUCACAACAACGAAUCGCGACACUUGAGGCCAAAGUCCUUACACUUACUCAGAACUUUGAGAUCCUCCGCCAGCAGCAAGCCAGCCACGAGCAACAUCACAGCACAGUCUCUCCACCUGCCCAGCACAACCCACCCAGCUUCCAAGUGACGACUAGCCAACGUGGAUAUGCGCCAACCGGAAUCGAUAACCCACACCUCCCGAUCGGUCUUUCUGGCGAACAGCAAGCCACAGGAUGGUCACUGGCCGGAGAUCUUACAACACAGCCAUCCUCGUCACAGACGCCCUUCGACCAGCACCCAGCGGUGGGCCUACCUUCCUCCCCGUCUUCGACCUACCCCAACACCAGCCUCGAAGCAGAAGCCUCAGAAACCUCCCAGCGCCGCCACCGCAAGCGCCCUCGCCUCCUCGCCUUCUACCCCUCCGAAGUCGAGGGCUACAUCGACGACAACAAUUGCAACAUCACCCUCCCCGCCGCCGUCACGCACGCCAUCGCCCAGCUCAUCGAGGACGGAAAAGAGAAGUGGUGGUUCGACAUCCCAACAACGAGCCAGAAGUAUCUGGACAGCAUCAAGGGCUGUGGCAAGUCUUUAUACCCGGUUGGAACAGCCCUGCGAGCGUGCUAUCAUUGCUCCGUGCAAGGCAGGCCCCGCGUCCGGAAGGUUGCUGGGCAGGAGUGGGCGGUUGUGCCGGUGCAUGAGGAGUUGAGGGGGGAUGAGGCGGAGGCGGAUGAGGGGUUUUGGAUUGCUGGGGGGAUGUAUAUGAGGCAGUUGAUGAUUGAUGCCGAUCUGAAGGUCCGGUUGUUUGGGAAUGGGAAGACAAGCUGA